GCAGCCGCAGAAGAUCAAGGACCGGUCGCGCGAGUGACAGUGUGCCAGUGCGUGUACCGAAACGUCAUCCGGCUGAUUCCUCGACUCUCUACGCUCGUCUGCGGCCAGUCUAUCAUCCCCUCUCCUCAUCCGUCCUCGUCAUCCUGGUCGUCGAAGGGAACGAGGAAUCUCCCUUCGACGACACGGUCAGCUCGACGAUCGCGAGGAUCGCGAGGAUCGCCAUGCCGUGGAAAUACGCGUUACCGGUGUGACCCACGACAGACUGGACGAAAACGAACCGGGCUCCACGAAUCCCGACAAGACGAAGAGGAGGAAGAAGAGGAAGAGGAAGAAGAAGAGGAAGAAGAAGAAGAAGAAGGAGGUAGCCUGGUGGUGUUGGGUGGUGGGUGGAGGAAGGAGGUGAAGGUGGUUGGGUUGCCGGCAAGGCUGUUUUUGUAGGAUAAUCUAGACAAGCUGGCGGACCAGAAGGAAGGUGGCUCGACGAUGCAGGGCAAGGAGAGCCCCGUCGGGUCCAACACCCAGGAGACCCAUCAGUAUGUUGGCCCUUAUCGACUGGAGAAAACUUUGGGCAAGGGCCAGACCGGAUUGGUCAAGCUCGGGGUGCACUGUGUGUUGGGCAAGAAAGUGGCGAUCAAGAUCAUCAAUCGGGAGAAAUUGUCGGAGUCCGUGUUGAUGAAGGUGGAACGAGAGAUAGCGAUCAUGAAGCUGAUCGAUCAUCCUCACGUGCUCGGCUUGUCGGAUGUAUACGAGAACAAGAAAUACCUAUAUCUCGUUCUGGAACACGUUUCCGGCGGGGAGCUUUUCGACUAUUUAGUGAAAAAGGGUAGACUAACGCCGAAGGAAGCGAGGAGAUUUUUUCGACAGAUCAUUUCUGCGUUAGACUUUUGUCACAGUCAUAGUAUAUGUCACAGAGACUUGAAGCCUGAAAAUCUGUUGCUGGACGAGAAGAACAACAUCAAGAUCGCGGAUUUCGGGAUGGCGUCUUUGCAACCUGCCGGAUCGAUGCUGGAAACUAGCUGCGGUUCCCCUCAUUACGCCUGCCCCGAAGUUAUCCGAGGUGAAAAGUACGACGGUAGGAAGGCGGACGUUUGGUCGUGCGGGGUGAUACUUUACGCGCUUCUGGUAGGCGCGUUGCCCUUCGACGACGACAAUUUAAGGAACCUGUUGGAGAAAGUGAAACGGGGUAUGUUUUACAUACCUCACUUCGUGCCGCCCGAGUGCCAGAAUCUUCUGAAGGGGAUGAUCGAGGUGGAUCCGGACAAGAGGCUGACGCUGGCGGAAAUAAACAGGCACGUGUGGGUGACGGCGGCGGGCAAGGGCGAAUUGGAACUGGAACUGUCGAUGAUGGACGUGGUGCAAACCCACGUUAUUCCGUCCGUGGAUGCGAUCGAUCCAGACGUGUUGCAGGCGAUCGCGAGCCUGGGUUGUUUCAAGGAACGGGACAAACUUAUUCAAGAACUCCUCAGCCCGAACCACAACACGGAGAAGGUGAUAUAUUUCCUGUUGCUCGAGAGGAAACGAAGAAGACCAGCGUGCGAGGAUGAAUUAGAGGUAAUGAGAGGAGGGAUUCGAGGAUCCUCGGGACAAUUGGAAGCGGAUCCUCCGAGGAAACGAGUGGACACGUGUCGAGUGAACGGAAGCACGGCCCUGAAUCUCGGGGAAAUCAGCCACGGAUCUCCUUUAACCCCCAGGAGGCAGUCCAGUACCAGGCAUCAUGCUCGUCGUUCGCCGAGCACGGGAGGCUGCCACACGCACGCGUCGCAUUCGCACGCUUCGACGCCAGGCAGCUCGCCGUUACACGGUUCGAACGCGGUCGCGGGUCUCCUGAGUCCCCACAGGGCACCACCGUCGUUGCACUUAGGACAGACCGGAAGUCCUCACCGGAUGUCCACGGUGACGGCAACCGCGGGCAACGGGAACACCGCCAAUUCGCCCGCCGCCACCCCGGUCCCGGCUCUGCCCAGCGUCGGGAUAGAGAUAAACGACGUUCAACAGGUCGCGGUCGGCGUUACACCGCCAGGCUCGCCCCACACUGGAGCAGGUUCCGGCGCCCAUCACUGGAGGUCCAGGCUAACAACCAUCAAGAACUCCUUCCUUGGAAGUCCCCGAUUUCAUCGGCGCAAAUUGCUCACGAGUACCGAGGAGGUACACCUCACUCCGGAUUCCUCUCCGGAGCUAACGAAGAAAUCGUGGUUCGGUAGUUUGAUGACCACGGAAAAGGACGAAACGUUCACGGUUCUCGUUAAAGGGAAAGCAUUGGCCAGCGUGAAAGCAGAUUUGAUUCACGCUUUUUUAUCGAUAGCAGAAUUAUCCCACAGCGUGAGCUCCCCCAUGUCGUUCAGAGUGGAAUACAAACGAGGAAGCACGGCACCCGCGAUGUUUCAAAGACAAGUGAGAUUCCAAGUGGACAUCAGUGCGAUUUCGAAGCAACCGAACGAACCACUGUUCGCCAUUACUUUCACUCUGCUGAGCGGAAACAUUCGACGAUUCCGAAGGGUCUGCGAGCACAUACAGUCGCAGGUGUGCUCGAGAAACGUGGGAAUGAAUUUGGGAGGUCAGAGCAGGGCGGCACCACCUAGUCCAAGGGCGUCGCGAAAAUUCGCCGCCACGGAGAUGAGCGAAAGUUCGAGCUGCGGUAGCGACACUAGCGAACGACUGUUCCUUAGUCCGCAUCCAGCUACCAGACAGAUCGAUUCGGACCUCGAAUCGGACACGUCCGUGUUCGACGUGAAAUCGCCGAGCAGGGAAAACGGUCGUCGAAGUUCCACGUCGACGAACAACAACAAUCCGCUGCCGGGCGACGCGACGCCGACGCCCGGAAGUCCGACGAAGGCGGUCCGCAGCAACUCGGAGAGCCAAAACACGCCGGAAAAGAAAUGCGUGACCACGAUGAGCGGCAACAAUAUAGCGUGAUACUACCAGAACUUCCGUUUCGAGUUUCGAUCGAGCCUGAAGAAUUUAUGGGAGAGCGCCCAGAGAUUCUGGUGAAUCUCGUGCGAGAAGUUUCCGAUCCGAGAAACGAUCCAGCGAUACCGCGCGCAGAUCACGAGAUAAGACGAUGCUUCUACGGAGGAGAGAGAGAGAGAGAGAGAGAUAAAUGGACGACUUCGAUGAGAAUCAAAUGGAGAGUGAAAGACUAAAGCGAAAAGCGACGAUGCUAGAAGUUUGGAAAGGCACGAUUUGUUGAGAAAAUAACGAGACCGAAAUGAUUAGAAUUUCAGUUGAUUGCGAAAAUAAUUAAUCGGCGAUUGGUGCUAUGAAGAUAAAAAGAGAGAGAAAAAUAAUCAUUCAAAGUAGAAAGCUUAAGCGUAAGGAACUUUGCAAUAAUAUAUCAGUCUUGGUAUUUUCGAAACGGACCACGUGAAAAAUGAAAGAAUUAUGGAAAACGGAAGAGAUGUUUCAGUCCAUACGGAAGAAAUUGAUUAGUCUUUGAAGAAGCCAAGAAUUUGGGAAAGAGAAUAAGCUGAAUCUAAAAUCAAACACACCACGAGAAGUUCGAAAUUUGACUUCCAAUUCAUUUUUAACAGGAACGGUGGGGAAAAUUUGUGCCGCAACGCGGAAUUUUUCGUGAUUCGACUUUCGUUCCGCCGCUAGAAUCGUUGCUUUUUUUUUUUGUUUCAAGUGAAGUGCAAUAUAAUAGUGACGUUUUACCGAUAUACGCAUCGGAUCGUGUCGUUGUAAGAGUGCUUUAUUUGGUACGUAUGUACAUUCUGUUGUGUAUCGUCAAUUUUAGCGACGAACCGCGAGAGAAAAGCCGGAAAGAUUAAUUCGAAAAAGAAAAUUUAGUUAAAACAGUCUUUAAUUAAUCCUCCUGGCUUUUCGAAAUUCAACGCUUGUUUUCACUGAGGCAUUUAUCGUGAAUGUUAAUUAAUUGCAUCCCACGAUACACCGAGCAAUUCGUUGUUGCAUAGACGUUUAAUCGUUCCAAUUACUCGAUUCAUUGAUUAAUAUUAAUAUCGGUCAUACAUUAUUAAACCAUCGAUCAAACCGUGACUCUGCUUCGUUCGUUUCACGUGUCUCCUCGAUUUUCUCGUUGGUAUCGAUUAAUUUAUUCGCAAACAUUCCAUUACACCCGUCGAUACAUCACAGCUCAUUAACGUAUCGGUCGAUUUUCAGCUGUCGAACAAUUUUCCCAUGAAAUAGCAUAAAUUCUUAGCGUUCAACUCGAUAUCGAAUGCCCAGCUGUUUUAUUUUCCGAUACUCAACUCAGGAACGAGAAAAAUUCCAUGAAACAAGGAAAAUCGAGGAUCGCCGAGAGUUUCUCGACGCGUAACAGAAAGAAAACGAAGAUACGCAUUAACGAGGUAAAAGAAAAAGAAAAAAUGGUAAAGAAAAAUGAAAAGAUUCACUCGCGACGCAACGAUCGCGUUGAGAGAUUUAUUUUUUGCACGCACGAGAAAAACAUUUCAAAAGACUAAUAUAUAUAUAUAAAUAUAAAUACGAAUAUAGAUAUAUAAAUAAAUGAAUAAAUAAAUGAAUAUAUUAUAUAUAUAUAUAUAUAUAAUAUAUACGUACAUGAGUAAGUAGGUUUCACUUGUAAGAGGUACGCGUUACAACGCGUAAGGCUUCUUGUUUGCUACCCGCGCGGAAACUAAACGGAGAAAGAGAAAAGAAAAGCGGAGAAAGGGAGAAUCUAGCGUUUCUAAUCGUAGAAUAUAAUUAUCGUACAGGUUUUUUCUCAACACACAGACAUAUCUCGAUAAAAAUUGUCCCAGCUUCUUAGUGGAACGACGAUGUUAAACGCGAUUGAUUAGCAGUGUUUUUAAUCGAAGGCUCGUUACAGUGGUUAAAACGAAACCGAAUCCUGCCGAUCGUGAGAAUCCGAAGGUAUCGAAAUCGAAGGAACGUUCUUCUCGAUCUUGUUCGAUAACGAGUUGAACUGGUAGAAUGUUAUUGCUCUCGUCUUUCCUCGUGCUCGUAGAAAUCGUCUAGCGUUUCUAUUUUAUUGGGUCGCUGCAUAUCGGAUGGGGUCUCGAGACGAUUUCAUGACAUAAAAGUGUCGCGACAUCAAUAUCAAGCUUAAAGUAUUGUGAAAAUCGCCGCGAUAAAGGUUUCGUUGAUAUUUUCGAUACAAAAUGGCUGAUUGAUGAAUUGCAAUAAACCAGGGAGCUAAUUAUUAUUUAGGCAAUGAACGCACAGUAAGAUACGAAAGUUCGGUAAACGAAUCCACCAUUUCAUCUGCGACGACCUAAUAGUUUAUGGAAGGAUAUUACCAUGAAAAAUUAUUUCACACGCAUAUUUCUUCGCGAAAUAAAGAACCUCUUGAGCUUAAAGCGUGAAUAUGUUUUGUACACUUAAACUGCUCAUAUUGCGAAUCGUUAAAGUAAACUUAUUUUACACGUGUCACUUUCACGCGAAGAAAUAUGCGUAUAAUUGUACGUACACGAUUGAAACAGCACCGGACAACGAAAGAACGUCGUUUUCAAUUCCCGAUAGCCAAGAAAUCGAUCGGUGAUAAACGAAUGUUCUAGAAACGGCAAAUCGAAGGAUCCUCCCAAAAGAAGGACGAAAAUUUAGCGAAACCUUUCGUAAGUAGAUAGACGAGUAGUGGAAAUGUUGGCUCGAAUCAAAAAAAAAUUCCAAACGUCGGAGUGUCUCGUUUUUAGAUAUCGCAUACAUACACUGUACGUUGUAAUCGCGCACAGCGACUCGUUCCUAAAUAUCCACGACUACGCGCGAGGAUCAUUGGAUCAGGGAUUCAUUUCAAUAAUUUCAACGAUCAUUUUCGAAAAAGACCGGACACGUUAGUCCUCGCUCGAUAGACGAUUACUCCCCUGUUUGUACCAGAAACAUUCCAUUAAGAAGCUUGCAGGUAGAAAAUGUAAAAAAAAAAUAAUAAGAAAAAGAAGGUGACCCGAUCGUACGACGAACGACACCUUCCACGCGCAUAAUUGCUAGAUAGGUAGGUAGGAGUAAAAUGAUAACAAUAAUAAAAGAAAAAAAAAACAAGAAAGAUAACAGGGAGAGAGAAUGAAUGAGCGUGAAACGGACCCAUUUGUUACGUUUCGCGAUAAUGAAUCGGGCUUUGCAAUACGCGUGAUCGUAAGAUCCUAAACUAAUAGAAAAAAAAAACACACACACACACACACAAAAAAAGAAUGAGAGAUAUUAGCGUGAUUGUUUGACGAACGAAGAUGGAACGCGUGCGUGUACGUGUGCAUUCGAGUUAUCGUUGAAUCGUUUAAUAUCGUAUGCGACACGCAUCAAACGUUCGUUUAUAUUAUCCGUUCAGACACGGAAAUGGGAAAUUUUAUUGUCAUUUUGUCGUUUAAUUAUUCAUGAAUUAUAGAAGGAUCUUUGGUCGAAGAAAAAUGAAACCUUUGUCUAAAUGGAUAAUAUAAAUCUACCUUAAAACACAGACACACCACUAACUUAUUAAUUGAAAUUAGGCGUAAGCUUGGCGGUUAUCUAUUUAUUAAUGUAAAACUAUUCGUACGACAUAAGUAACGCGACACAGGGGGGUUCGGGCGAAAUAAUGGGUGCCAUUUGUUGCGGAUACAGAUUUCCUUCGGUUUGCUAGGAAAACGAGGUAUUUUCGAAAUGGUAAUUGUUUUUUUAUUAAGUUCAAAUCGAGCGAUUCUGCUGAUCGAUGUUUCCAUUAUUUGGUCCGACCUCUGUAGUUGAAGAAAGGGGGGAAAGGGAAAAUGGACGCAAAGAAGUGAAAAGAAAGAGAGAGAGAGAGAGAGAGGCGAGAAAACAAGAGAAACAAAUUACCGGCCAUACUAAGUUAGGAUUUUAUAUCGUGCGAAUUUAUGGAUGGAAAGAGAACACUUAAGGUACUUUGGUGAAUAAUAAUAAUAAUCGGAGCGAAUGGAUUUACCGUGCCGGGUAUCGAACUACUCGGUACACCGCUUUCUGUCUCCUAUUCUUUUUCGUUUGUAAUCGAACGCGAACGUCGUAUAUAGUUGUACGGACAAAUUAAUAAUACUCGCUAUCCCUCACGUGUCUACGAUUUAUUUUUCGACUCGUUUUUCCGUGCCAUCGUCGCUCUGUGCCGAAGCGCGAUAUCCUCUUUGAAUUCUUCCAACGAUUCGACCCGAUCAAACGCAACGAACGCUGAAGAAAUUGUUCUGUAUUCAAAUUCUCUGAAAGCUAGGAAUUCUUCGUGCGAAAAUAAAUCGAAAAGUCCUUUGCCGUUUUUCAAUCCGUGGAUUCGCUUUCGAGAUACGAGCGAUUAAAGAUUUGGAGCGCGACUUCCGGGGUGACUGGACGAAUCACGCGACCGCAGUUGGCACCCCGGAAGUCGCGCGCUCGACUUUUAAUCACUCGUAUCUCGAUAACGAAGCAACGGAUUAAAAAAUGGUAAAAGACUUUUGGAUUUGUUUUUUCGUAUAGAAUCUAUAGCUUUCAUGGCGCGUCUUUUGAAUUCGGUUUAUUCGAUGGAAGAAAAUACUCAACGAGAAUUCCUGUGCUUGUCGCCUCGUACGCAGAGUAUGUGCUUUCAUGAUGAACAAAAAAUGGCAAGUUUCGCAAAGAGGAGAAUACUGUAGAAACGAUACAAAAUUCCCGAAACAUCGUAUCCUUAAGGCAUUAUAAGCUAGGCAGAUAGAGAAGAUUUUUAUACAAUUUAUAAGGCGAUUUGCAAUCGAUUGAUUUAUCUCGCACGUUUACUUGUUGACCUUUUGUUAUAAUAUACAGCCUUGCUCAAGAAAUCCUAUUAAACGAAUGAAAAAGUUGCGCAAUUUCAACGACCUCGUAGUCAUCAGAUUCGACCAGAUUUCGUAGUCAAAAAGAACGUAUAGAAAAUGUUAAAAACAUCUGCUGGAUCUUUUGAGCGAGUGCUAACGAAGAGGCUGCAUCGAGGAUGCAUCAGCUACUGCAAGAUAUUCUCUCUCGUCGCUCGUCAACUUUCAAUUAACGUGCUUUUGACCCUAUAUUUACGUGUCUCUCUAUUGGAACGAUACAAUUGCACAACAAGAUGAUCACCGAAAAAACACCCCAAAAAAAAAACAAGAAAUUAAACAAUGCUCGAAGGUUGCUCACGUACGUUGACGAUCAACAAUUCCAUUCACGAACAAUGUUCGCUUUAAUGCGCAAAUCAGUGUCCCACUUGUGAGAAACGAGGCUAAUUGCAGCUGGAUAACAUCGUUUCGACACUCUAUGCAUCAAGUCAAAUCUCUGCCAACCUCUCGAGCUAGCCAAACCUCUCCAAUCAGUUGACGCCUUGUUCCCUAACAAUUACCUGCUUCGUCUUUCAAUUUCAUUUGUUAACGUGUUUUGUAAGCAAAAGCUAUAAUUGGAAACCAAUGGAGAGGGAACAUUGUCUUAAGAUAGAAGCGUUGUUUGCCACUGUAAGUCGGCGUACCUUUAGCAAAUUCGAUUUUUGCACAGCCGCAAACUGUAGCGUGACUAACAACGUCCGAUUAGUUAGUAAAAUUUAGUAAAAAUUGUAAAGUAAAAGCGCUUCUUUUCACGCUAUACUAUUCGUUGAGUUACCAUGAUUCUAUAGCUAAGCUUUUUAAUUAUAUUUCUUUUUCCAAUUCUUUGAACGUUAUUUUGCUAAAUAAAAAAAUGAAUCGAACUUAAUACGGAGUCUAAACUCAAUUAAUAUUCGAAUUCUGUUCGAUAUACGAUCAGAACUCGAUAUUCGAUUAUUCGAUUAUUUGAAAGUAGGAGGACAUUUUUCUUUCGACCAGUAUCCUUAACGCCGAAUUAUCGAUAUUUGUACAGGAAAAUAUUGUUUUUACCAUUGUUUCAGCGAUCUUGCGAUACUCUAUCGAUACACGGAUAUCUCGACAAUGAAAAAAAACUUCGAAAUCGAAAUGUCGUACAUGAGGGAUCCACGAGUCGUGUCUCACGUGAACGAGCUUCGAUUCUGAGUAUCGAUUAUAUGUACUUCGUGUGAAGUCUUUCACUGCAAAAACUUUAACCUCAAACUAAUCCAUGUAAAAAAAUGAAUAAAAUUAUAUUUCAUCGAAGGUAAUGUUGGAUUAAAGGCACUUUCAAGUGUCUUAAUCGAUAUUAAAAAACGCGAUAUCGAUUAUUCAGCGUUUCGAUAUUGCUGCACGCUUGUAUCAUAUUUAAGGCGUUUUAAUAAAGCUUUCAAAUCUUUCGAAUUCGUUAAGAUCGUUGGAUCUUUGAAGAUUUUUCAAGGUUUUUAAACUCAUGUAAUAUCAGAGGUAUUUCGAGUAUUUGUUAAAAACUCGUGAAAAAAAAAAUAACGAAAUAUGUACCCAUAACCAAAAAAGUGCGUUGUUAUCGAUCGAAUGCUCGGUCGAUCAUAACGACUUGCUUCAAUAUCGGGUGAAACAGUUCAUAUCAAAGAUACAUAAUCAAUAUUCUAGUUAAAGGAUCCCAGACGUACAGCGAUUCGAUUUACCAGUAUACGUAUCGUAUAUACCGAGUAUUUGGUAACGUCCAUGACAACUGACAAUAACGGCUGUGAGUCCGCGAAUGCUUUUUUCCUUUUCUUUUUAAAGUAUACCCUACCAUAAACCAUUUCGCUUGACUUGCCUACCUGAACUGGAAGUUUCUUCAAAAUUUUCAUGAAAACUGAUCUCUUUAUCAUAUUACUUUAAUUAUGAGUUUUUUAACCGACCUAACGUUGAAAUAUGUAUGGUUAAAACUUGAUUCAGUUUCCAUGUGAAAUUUCGAAGAAGGAAGCGACGAUCUUAUUCCAUCGACACGACAGAUGCAUGAAUAUAGCAAUGAUUU